CCUCAACAUGGCAGCGCCCUUGUCAGUGGAGGUGGAGUUCGGAGGCGGCGCGGAACUCCUUUUCGACGGCGUGAAGAAACAUCAGGUCACCUUACCUGGACAGGAGGAGCCCUGGGACAUCCGGAACCUCCUUGUCUGGAUCAAGAAGAAUUUGCUAAAAGAGCGGCCAGAGUUGUUCAUCCAGGGAGACAGCGUGCGGCCAGGAAUUCUGGUGCUGGUUAACGAUGCGGACUGGGAACUGCUGGGCGAGCUGGACUACCAGCUGCAGGACCGGGACAGCAUCCUCUUCAUAUCCACGCUGCAUGGCGGCUGAGGGCCCCGCUCUGGGCCCGGGUUCCCUUGGCGUGGGGAGAAGAGCACAGUCAGACAUCCCCUGGGACCCUGCUUCCAGGUCUCCCUGUCCCCCUUGGCUGCUUUCUUCCCUGCUCUGUCCCCUGAGCUCCCUCCAGGCAGGGAAAAGAGGCCAGGUGCUAAAAAUGAGUCUUUCUCAGGCACGUGAGUUGGGGCGAGCAGGCUCAGCCCUGCCUCCCUCCCCAGCAGCUGAGGUGGGGGAGGGUGCCCCUCUGCUUUGUCACAACAGGAGGGGGCUCCCUGGCCAGGUGACCCAGCUGCCUUCCACUCCUUGUGUCUCAGUGUAAACACCGAGUGACCACUGACGAGGCGCUCCAGCUCCCGGGCUGUAGUGUCUUCGUGGGGAAGAUGAAUGGACAGGAAUAGCUGAUGGGAAACCCCUCCCUUCUCCAAGGUGGGAGGAGUCUCUGCCUCAGUUUCCCUAUCUAGACAGCAGAGGGCUCUGGCUGUCCCCCACUGAUAUCAUUAUGGAACCCCAGCUGGGGUCCCCUAUUCAGUGCUGACUCCCCCCUCCCAGCAGCUGCUCUUCCAACCACACCCUCCUCCUGCCCCCCCAUCCCCAGCCCUUGACCCUGGCUGGCCUUCCCCCCCACAGGCCACCAGAUGGGCUCCUAAGACCCUCCCCCAGCAAAAGGCUGCCUGCAGCUCAUUCUGGAGAGAGAGAAAGGAGCCGGCAAAAGCUUGGACUGGCACAUAGAGGCCUGGGAUGUCAGAGUGCCUCAGUUUCCUCCUCAACAGCAACUGAAUAUUUAUAAGUAUCUGAAAGUAGGCGUGAUCCUUGAUGGCACAAAUGUAGACUUUAUCUCCUUUCCCACCUCCUGCAGGAAGCAGGAUGGGGGCAGGCAGCACCUGGUAGGCAGGAUGGUUUGCCCCUCCUCCCUUCAUCCCUUCUGGAAGUCUUGGGGCCUCAUUGCCUGCAACAGCUGGCCUUGGGCAAAUAAAAGACUAGGUUGUUUACUAGCUUUGCCUGGAGCUUCAUCCUUAGAAACCAGUGGCACUCCACAUCCCCCCAGCCAUGGUCCCUGGUCCAACCUCUCUGCCCUUAGCCUAGGACUUUCAGAGCUGCCCUUCACCCAAAGAGAGGGCAGGGGUUCAAACCCAGACUACACAGACUGUCUGGGAGAGAGUGGUCUGAUAGGGCCAUCUGGAGAAGGGGAUGGCAGAGCCUGUCUGUGCUGACCAGUCUGGGUCCCAGGACACUUCUCUACUUGUCCAAGGCCAGGCUUUGUCCCACCAGCUGCAGCCCCAGAAACCAGAAUGGGGUGUCAUAUCAAACUGCUGAACCUCCCUUCCCAUGACCUGGAGAAGAAGCUUCGCUGGGGGAAAACCUCAAAAAAAA